GCGAGAUUUGGCGGGACAUAGAAACGGAGCCGGAGCGUGAGAGUGGCUACGGAGAGGGCUGGCGGAGACGCGGCGCCCGGGAAUAUGUUGACUCCACUUUUGGCACUGAGUCAGCAAGCAGUGACCCUUGGCCAGUCGGUGUCUAGCGCCACAGCGAAGUGAUUAUUAAGCGCCGACUUUGCCGGAGACCCGGCGUGAGUGCCCGACUGAGUGACUGUAGGUACCGGGAAGAAGUGCUCACUGACAGUGAUGGCUAAGCGAGCUCGGAGUGAAGAUGAUGAUGAUGAACAACUGUUCCAAGGUCGUGAUUAUGACAUCCCUCAACAGAAAGGUACAAAGAAGCUCUGUAAGAAAGUUAAAUGGAUACCUGAUGAGCAGGAUGAGAAGUUAAAGAAGUUGGUAGAAGAACAUGGAACAGAAGAUUGGAAUUUCAUUGCUAGUCAUUUUCAUAACCGAACAGAUGUGCAAUGCCAGCAUCGAUGGCAGAAAGUUUUAAAUCCAGAAUUAAUAAAAGGACCAUGGACCAAAGAAGAAGAUCAAAAGGUAAUUGAAUUAGUGCAGAAAUAUGGUCCAAAAAGAUGGUCACUAAUUGCUAAAUACCUAAAAGGUAGGAUUGGAAAGCAGUGUCGGGAAAGGUGGCACAAUCAUUUAAAUCCUGAAGUCAAAAAGUCUUCCUGGACAGAAGAAGAAGAUAAAGUAAUAUAUGAAGCACAUAAGCGUCUUGGAAAUCGUUGGGCAGAGAUAGCAAAAUUGCUUCCUGGAAGAACAGAUAAUUCAAUCAAGAACCACUGGAAUUCCACAAUGAAAAGAAAGGUUGAGCAAGAAGGAUAUCUUCAAGAGGCAUCCAAGUGUGAUCUGCUUCCAAGUAUGCAGCAGCAGAAAGUACCAUCUAGGACUCCUCUAAACCCAGUGCAGUUCCAGAAUCAGCUUUUCAUUCCUGUGUCUACUGAAGGCCUGAGACAUCCAUACUUGGCUUCAGAAGCACCUUGCAUAGAUAAUUCCACAACAGGAUUAACACAAUCUCAAGAUACUGCUGACUUCAUCUGGUCAAGAAGUCUUUUUGGUGAUGAAAGUUUAUCCAGUACCUUGAGUAGCUUGGAAGAUAAGGCAAGUGAAAUUUGUACGAAGGAGUCUCUUCAGGCAGCAAGCACACCAGUACACCAGACUUGUCUCAACUGUUUCCUUUCACAGGAGGAGAGUUCAGUCCUUGGCACAUUGCAGUCGAUUCCUGAUUUUAGUAAGACAUUUGAGCUCAUUGAAACUGAUUCUGUAGUUUGGAAUGAAAUAACUAACUUCGACCUUUCUGAAGUUGAUGAAAAAACACCUAUUAAACAGACUCCUGUUAAAUUUGAACGUUUGCAGCACAAAGGUGGAAUAGGUUAUCGCUUUGAUGGCCAUGCCAUUUCAGAUCUGAGCAGAACUACCUGCAGUAAUAGCAGUGGGCAUGGUGAGCUCAUUCCUAUAACAUCUCCUGUUGUUGCCAAGUUCAGCACACCGCCAACCAUUUUGAGGAGGAAAAGAAGAUUGCGUCUUGGUCAAUCUCCAUCCAGUGACUGCAACAGUCUUUCUUUCAUGGAUAACAGCACCACAAGUCCAAAAAGUACUCCAGUUAAAGUACUGCCAUUUUCACCUUCCCAGUUUUUUAAUAUUUGUUCUGGUAACGAUCACCUGAACAUUGAUAAUGCAGCACUUACUUCAACUCCAGUCUGUGGACAGAAAGUUCUAGUUACAACACCACUGCGAAAAGACCAGACUCCUAGAGUUCAAAAAGAAAAUAUAGGUUUCAGGACCCCCACAAUAAGACGAACGGUUUUAGACAGCACUCCGAGGACACCUACCCCUUUCAAGAAUGCACUUGCUGCCCAAGAAAAGAAAUAUGGGCCUCUUAGAAUGGUGCCUCAAUCACUUGCACAUUUAGAAGAGGAUAUUCGAGAGGUCUUGAAGAAGGAGACUGGGGCUGACAUAUUACUUGGAGAAGGAAUGGAUCCAUUUUUCAAAGCCUGUGAGCAAGAGCGUACAACUCCUCUCAAGAAAGUACGAAAAUCUCUUGCUUUAGAUACUUGGAACACGGAUGACAUUGGUACGCAGAGGUUCACACAGACCUUUGUUUCAGACGUACAGUCUGAAAACCAGUUGAACACUUCAUUACUGAAAACACUUUUACCAGAAAAAUCUGACAUCACCACAAAUACUUGGAGCAGAAAUGUUAUCUUGUCUGAAAUAAAGCAGCAAAAUACUUCAAAAACUGUGCGAUUUGAGAUACCUUUGCAGAUGACCAGUGAAUGGGAAGCAGUUGCUUGUGGAAAGACAGAGGAUCAGCUAAUAAUGACUGAACAAGCUCGGAGGUAUCUUAAUGCCUAUAAUGGCAGCAGCACUAGCAGGGCGCUGAUCCUGUAACUGGCCAUUGCUUAAGGAGCCAACAAAUAUACACUAAAACUGAGAGCUGAUGAUUUAUGUCAUAAGCUUAGCUCCUGAUCUACCUAGAUGUGAUUUUUCUGGAGGGAUAAGUCUCUCUAAUAUUCUGAUAAGUAAUAGACAAAUUUAACCAAAACUAAAAGCUGCUUUUGCUAAGUGUAAUAUGUGCUAAUAAGAUAGCUUUUAUUUAAAAUAUAAGAAACACAUGGAUGGAGAGGCAGAAACAAGUACUGAGUUGCACUCUUUUGUCUUUGAUAUGCUGUAAAAAGAACAGACUAAAUGCUUUUGAUGGAUAUUAUGGGUAAUUGUCACAUAGUUGUAUUUUUACAACUGAUCCAUAAUUGUAAACUAAACACUGACUCAUUAAGAUUGGCUGCUUGGAAUCAAGCAUGAAAAUUUAAAGCAGCUAAUAUCAGAUAUGUGGCAAUUGACAAAACCAAGGUAAUUUCAUACUGUAUGGUAUGCUUUAUUGUGAACAUAUGUCAAUAUGAUCAAAUAAGUGUGUUAAGCACAAAGCUGUGUUUUUAUAGUGUAAGUAAAAAAGAUGAAGUUUUUUUAUUCCACGAUAUUGAAAUACCAGUAUUUAACACAAAUCUCUGAAAUGUGAGAUGGUGUUUUGAAUGUAUUGUAGAAGCAGGGAAAAGUUGUAAAUUGAGAGGAAAGGGUACAUUUUCUUUAAAUUAUUUUCAGCUCUAAUGCUUAAUAGUAUUUAUGUGUGAAUAUCGAGAGUCUAGAAGCCGCUGUUAAUUCCUGUUGAUCAGAAGUGAUGGUAGUUAUGUCACACAUUCCAAAAUAUGCAUAUCUUUUUAAAUAUUUAGAUACUUUAUCAGAAAACUUUAACUUAUAACCUUUAAGUCUACUAGCAAUUGGGAGCAGGAGUGUGUGUUCAUUUUCAGUCAUCUCCAUAUCCUAUGAUUUACGAGCAGAAGGGAGAAACGUUUCCUGAUCUCCUUUUGUACAGAAUAGCGCUCCUGUUUUGAACUGCUUCUUUCCUUAUCACUAUAUUUUCUGAAAGAAAAUAGGUGAAGAAAUUGAAUGAGAACUGCACACUCACUUAUAGCCUAAGCUAUCUACCGUAACCUAAGCUAACUGUAAAUACAGAUGAAUUAAUCCAUUCCCUCUUCCAAAUCUAGUUAAUCUCACAAAUCUAAAUACUUUGCACUUAAAUGUCUAACUAGUAAUGGAUAUGCAUGUGUUUGCCUUAAGUUAUAAAUUGAUUAAAUAAUAUGUUAGUCCUGUAGUCCUCAUUUUAAAGCAAGUUAUCACAUGCAAAUCCAUUAUUAGUCAGUUGCACCUUAAGAUCACAAAUCACAAUUAUUACUUUUUCAUAUAUGUAUUUCCAAAUGUAUUCUGUAAACAAAUGUUCUAUUUAACAUGGUAAGCAUUAACAUCACAGUUACAAUCCAUUUUUGUGAAAGAUGUUAGUUUUGGAAGUGGGUAAAAAUCAAGGAAAUGUCUGUCAUUUUUAUUUUUAAUGACAUUAUAUCUGACUGAUAUCAUUUUCAUAGCAUUAUGACAUCUGUCAAUUUGGUUACUCUUAAGUAGUGUGGAGAGCAAACUUUAGCAGCAACUUUGGAGCAGUAGGAAAAUUACGUAUAUUGUGAUACAACUUAAGCUGAUUGAAUUUAUUAGACCUUCUAUUAGCAGUUUAAUUUGAUUUUGGUUAUUUCAUGCAAACUUGAGUAGACAAAUCUAUUUAGCAUCUGGGGUUAAUUUCUCAAUAAAUUUGUUCCUAUUGCCUUGUUAUGGCUCAAGCUAUAACAUACAUCUUUAUACACUAAAACUUCCUCAAGUCAACUUACACCAAAUCAGAGGGGAAUAAACAUUACCCUAUGGUCUUUUUUUAAUAUAAAUCGAUUUUUUUACUUUCUAGAUAUGUUGUUUACUUUGUAAAAGUAUCUGAAGUUGAAAUUAAAUUGUGUGAGUCUCAGAAUGUGGAAGAAUUAUUUCCCAGAUUUCCCAGAUCGUUUCACGCACAGGCAAAACAUUGGGAUAAAGUUGCCUGAACUUAGAUAUUUGCACUAAAUAUGUGUUUACUUUUCCUUCUCCCCCUUAGAAAGAUUUUAAUUAGAUGGAUCUACAGAACAUGGAGUGUAUGUGGAGAUGUAGCACUGAUGUAUUUAGGGGGAAUAAGCAAAAUAAUACAUGGUUAUUAAAUAGCAAUAAAAUAUUUAGACACUCUUUCCUCUCCUGAAUUGUACUGCUAUGCACAAUAGCAGGAUAUGCUUGCUGCUAUUGAGAGAUGGAAAAGGGAGCAUCUGAUGCACUGUGUAUAGAAUGUACAUAGUUUGUAUGAUGGAAACAGUGAUUCUGUAACAUUUAACAGCUAUUCUAUGUGUGAAGGUUCUAUCUUGCAUGCUGUGUUCACUAAGCACAUACAUAUUAAUUGGACACUUUUUGAAAGUUGUGUUUUUGUUUUAAUUUUGUCUUUUUUAAGGUGGUUUUGUUUCUGCAGGAUUGCAGUUUUGAAUGUCAUACAUGCAGCAGUUAUUUGUAUCCGGCAUCUGCUCUGAUUACAUAAUUUCUGGAUCUGUGUAACAGCAUUAUUGAUUAUAUCAUUUUUACAUAAUUCACAGAUGCUGUAUAAGUAGUGAAGGAUUGUUUAGUUGCACCAAUAUACUGCCAUAUGGGUUAAGAUUUCCUGCUGUAAUCUGUCAAGCGUGUGUUUUGGUAUACUGGUGCAUGUUCUUUGCCAUGAUCACAAAAUGGUACACCAACUGCCUAUGUAGAGCAUAUGUAUGUUGUGUCAAAAUAAA